AUGUCCGGUUUCACUUUCGCGAACACCACUCAGAGCGUUCCAAGUGAUGAGAAGAUUCCGGUAGAUUUUGCUAUAACAGCUCCUCCGUCGACAGACGUCUGGGCCAAGCCUCCUUCAACCACCAGAUUCAAUGCACCCAUUCUCUACAAAGUCACUCCCCUAAGGUCUUUCAAGCGGGCACGUGUGGCCAUUGCUGCCAACUGGAAGACGCUCUACGACCAAGGGGGUCUCAUUCUGGUCAUUCACGGGCCUGGAGACGAGAAGAAAUGGAUCAAGACCGGGAUCGAGUUCACUGAAGGAAAGCCACACGUCAGCACCGUAGCGAAGGAUAGAUGGGCAGACUGGAGUUUGCUUCCCGUUCCAUCCGGAGGGAACGCAGCCACGAUCGAGAUCGCCAGGGAAGCAGACGGCAGUCUGUGGGUAUACUUGGUGGAGGGAAUUCAGCGCUCUCCUGUCAGAGAGGUGACCUGGGCGUUUGAGGACGAGGCGACCAAGGAGUGUUGGAUUGGGACAUAUGCUGCGAAGCCCUCGAAGGAAGGAACGUCUCCAGAGGAUUUUGUUUCCACGCUGUCAAUGUCAUGGUUGCCAAUAUGA